AUGGAUAAAUACAAGAUAUUAAUGAAAUUGGGAGAUGGAUCAUUUGGUGAUGUGGUCAAAGCUGUUAAUAGAGAGAGCUAUGAAGUGGUUGCGAUCAAAAGAAUGAAAAAAGCAUAUAAAUCAUGGGAGGAAUGUAUACAGUUGGGAGAGAUCAAUACACUACAUAAUCUAAAUCAUCCAAACAUUGUAAAGUUGAAAGAAGUAAUUAGACAAAACGAUGAACUAUUCUUUGUAUUUGAAUAUCUUGAUGGUAAUCUAUAUGAAAAGAUUAAAGAUAGAAACAAAUUGUUACCAGAAUCAAAGAUUAGGAAUAUGGUAUAUCAAAUAUUACAAGCAUUGGCAUUUAUGCACGAAAGAGGAUACUUUCAUCGAGAUAUGAAGCCAGAGAAUUUAUUGGUAUUAAAUGAUACUGUAAAGAUUGCCGAUUUUGGAUUGGCUAGAAAGAUUGAUGCCAAACCACCCUUUUCAACCUAUGUAUCAACGAGAUGGUAUCGUGCACCAGAGGUGCUAUUGCAUGCUCAGACUUACAACUCGGCGAUUGAUAUUUGGGCGGUUGGAGUCAUCAUGGCAGAACUCUAUUCACUUAAACCUCUCUUUCCAGGGUCAAGUGAAAUCGAUCAAUUAUUUAAAAUUGGUAAUGUACUUGGCCCUCCAACCAUGUCUUCAUGGCCUGAUGGAAUUAAAUUAUCAACUCUAAAACAAUUCAAAUUUCCAAAUAUUGGACCAAUUCAUUUAUCAACUAUAUUACCAAAUGCAAAUAAUGAUGCAAUUGAUUUAAUGUAUGAUUUGCUACGAUACGAUCCUAUUAAACGUCCGACUGCUAUUGAAGCACUCAGGCAUCCAUAUUUUAGAGUAUCAAUACCACAAUCUAUAGUUUUAAAUACCAAUUAUUCAGAUAUUGCAUCUCAAAGAAUUAAACAAGAAUAUCAAAAUUCAUUUCCAAAUAAUAAUAAUAAUAAUAACAAAAACCAAGUUAAUCAUUCAAUUAGUACCAGUAAUAAUAAUAAUAACAGUAAAUUAACACCACCAUCAAAUAGAAAUAUCAAUCCAUAUUUAAGAAAUGCUAGAUUUUCUUCUUCUUCUUCCUCUUCCUCUACUACUUCAUCAAGCCAAUCAUCUUUAUCAUCAUCACCUUUAUCAUCACCAUCCACAUCACAUAUAACAACUACCACAACUACGACCAACACAACAACCAUUUCACCACCUUUACAAACAACAAAUAAUAAUAAUAAUAAUAAUAACAGUAUAUUAAUAAGUCAUUCUAGGAAUAAUAGUGGAGGUAAAAUAAUACUAAACCAGACCAAACAAUUACCACCACCCAUUUUAAUUCCACCAAUACUAUCCAAUAAUAAUAAUAUUAUUUUACAGAUCAAUCCAUUGAAUAAUAAUAAUAGUAAUCCGAAUAACAAUCCGAAUAAUAAUAAUAAUGGUAAUAAUACACCAUCCAAAUUAUAA